GAAAUACUCAAUGUUAUAGUCUACUUUGUUCGUUUUACUAACUCUGAAAAGCUUAGAAAAUAUACACAAUCAUCAUUAUACACAAUCAUCAACUAAUGCAACCAAUAGUUAUUCAUCACGAGGAUUAUAUGACUUCAAUACAAGUUAAAUAAGGAAAACUCGGAUCGGCUACCAAUACUGACGCUUUAGCUCCACCGAUCGUUAUCAGGAAUACCUGUAGCUAUGUAGUAUAGUUGAUAAGAUAUCGCGAAACAGUGUGUAAAACUCUCAUUGUACGAACACGAACAUUUUACGCUUCACAGUUGGCGGAGUUAGUUCUAAGUGUAGUGCAAUUGAUCGAAGGAAAACUGCUGACAGGUGAAAAAUACUGCUUCACUUACAGUAAAAGUAGUAGGAAAAUGGCCACCGAACGGAAUGAUCUCAACAUGGGAAUGCGAUGUGUGAAAUAUAUGAUAUUCGUCAUCAAUAUCAUGUUUCUGCUCACUGCGAUCCUGUUGGUUACUGUAGGAACAGCGAUCGGAACUAUUUUUGGCGAUUUCGAGUACUUUAUCGAUUCCCACUUCUUCUCACCGGCCCAUCUGCUUGUAGCAAUCGGUUUCAUCAUGAUGGUCGUUUCUAUCUUUGGUUGCGUCGGAGCUGUCAAGGAGAGUACUGCAAUGAUCAAUAUUUAUGGCGUCUUUUUGGCUUUAGUGUUUAUUUUGGAAGUAGCUGCUGCUAUUUCUGCAUUUGCUUUACGAGGACAGGUUGAAGAGAUGGUUCGUCGUACCAUCAACGAAUCGAUGGCUAGCUACAACACUAACUCAGACGUCCAACAAUCAGUUGACUUUAUGCAACGUGUGCUCGAGUGUUGCGGUGUCGAAAGCUACGAAGACUGGGCUUUCUUCAUGCCAACUCCGAACAGUCCAGAUGAUAUAGAGCUACCCGAAUCAUGUUGUCUACCUUCAACGAUGGAAGAAAAAUGCGUUCCUUACGAUUAUGGUUGCUACUCCAGGCUGGGAUGGGUUGUCACGCAGAGCGCUGGAUUGAUUGCUACUGGAGCUACCACCGUAGCUUUCGUGCAGAUUCUUGGAAGUAUUUGUGCCUUCAUGCUGGCCCGCACUAUUCGGCGAACCAAAUCUCUACGAGCUGCACGCCGUUGGCAAUUGCAGCAAAGUUUGGGCAUCAUGACUAAGCCACAUGAUCCUCCUUAUACACAAAUGGAGAAAUCGGAGAAGAACGCUGACUCAGAGAUGUAUCUACCCAACAGUCCCAGUGUCAAUUAGAAAUUGACCCAUUGAGCCAUUGACACAAUUUUGAAGCUGGUAUAACUACAUAAUUGAGAAGUGCAGCAGUGGAUCUAUUUAUUAAAUUUAAAGCCGGGUAUAAAUAAACGACUUAACAAAAAUAUUUACUA